AUGUCUACAUUAGGCGAGUCACCAGCAGUUCUUGCUAAACGCAAACAUGUUAAAAACAAUGUUUGGUGUCCGAAAACAAACGUUGAGGACGACCCGUGGUGUGAUCCUGACAAUCCAAAGAUGAUAAGUUACAAAGAUACGGUUAAAGCCACAUCGGUUAUCAAAGAAUACAUCGCCAAAACUCCUCUAAAUAGAUCUAAAUGCUGCGUUCAGUUUAAUAUGGAAUUGUAUUACAAAUUCGAAACCGUUCAUCGUACGGGAAGCUUUCUCGAGCGUGCGGCCUUGUAUUCAUUGUCGAUGUUGGAUGACGAACAGCGUGCUGCAGGAGUCAUAACUGCUUCUCUUGGAAACUGGGGUUUGGCUCUAGCCUAUCAUGGUCAACGUCUUAAUGUUCCUGUCACUGUCGUAAUUCCAUAUACUGAUAAAUGCAAAGUGAUAUUAAGAUGCCAAAACUACGGAGCUAACAUCAUACAGCACGGAAAUGAUCUUUCCGAAGCCAUAAGAAAAGCAUUUAUCAUAAAAUCCGAAAUACAAAACUUGACUUACAUAAAUGGUUACGACCAUCCUCAUGUGAUAGCGGCCUCCGGUUCGAUCGCGUUGGAAAUUUUAGAGCAGCUCCCGCAAACCGAUGUUGUUCUUGUGCCUGUCGGUGGAGGAGGGUUGAUUGCUGGCAUAGCAACGGUCGCCAAGAAAUUGAAGCCGGAAAUAAAGAUUUAUGGAAUCGAACCGAAGAAAUGUUGCAGCUUCUUCAAAGCCAUGGAAAAUGACAAUCCGUUUCAAACUGUGGUUGGAGCAACAGUCGCUGAAAUGCUUGCAGUACCGAAGGCAGGUUGCAACGCUUUUUACACAGCGAGGUCGCUUAUAGACAAAAUGGUUUUAGUCGAAGACAAUUGGAUUUCUAGAGCAAUUUUACAUUUGACUGAAGAAGAGAAAAUGGUCACGGAGGGUGCGGGUGCGACUGCUUUAAGCGCUUUCUUUGCUACUCCCAUUAUUUUACCAGAACUCAAAGGGAAAACUGUGGUUUGUGUUGUUUCGGGAGGUAAUACUGACUAUUUCACCUUAUGCCGAAACAUUGAGCGAGCAAAGGCCAUCGAAGGUCGUCUCAUUAAAAUGAGGUUCACACUUUCUGGCGACCAGCUUACGGAGCAAAGAGUAAAGAUUCUACGGAUUAUUGCCAAGACAAGUUGUAAUAUUCUUCAAUGUCAGUGUGAAGAAGCUCUACUGGAAGAAAGCUUUCGGAAAAUCUACUUCACACUUAUCUGUGAGACGGCGAGUCACGAACACGCCUGUGUUGUUAAACGUAUCAUGGACAGUAUGUUUCUUGAUUACAAGUUUUCCGAAGAUCCUUAUAACCCGAUACAAAGCUGCGUUUGCUUCCCGAACCCUAUGCUUUAUUGA